GUGCUGUUUUGUCUAAAACCAUGAAGAGGCACAUUGUUCGCUUGUUAGGUUCAAAACCUUUCCACCUUAUUGGGAAUAAACCCUCGUUGCAGUCUCGUAAGAUAACUAUUAGUAGUCGGUUAAACAAAGAUGACUUCAACUUUCCAAUCAGCCCGAACGACAUGCCUCGCUCUGGAGGUAUCGCCUCAAUGAUGCGCCUUCCAGUACCGAGCAGCGCAGAGGGUCUAGACGCCUGUUUUGUGGGAAUUCCUCUGGAUUCAGGAACCUCAAACCGAUCUGGGACUCGGUAGGUUGUAUUGGAAAUGUUUGCCUUUUUGGCGCGUUGAAUCUUGUACAUUUGCGUGACUUGGGCGUCACGGAUGGCCAUGUUUUCCCUAAGAGACCUCGCUCGAGACCCUCGUAAAAAUGAAGAACUGUGUUACCCCAAAAUCAGAAAAUGUGCGACACCAUUCUGGUAACUCUGUUGAAAAUGCAUCCCUAUAAUAGUCAAUCCAGUCGUAAAAAUUCGACCUCAUCCAGCGGCACAUCCCCAUUAGGUGUUAUAAGGGAGUAAUUACCCUCCCCCCCCCCACGUGUCAAAGACCCUGGCCAUGGGGAUGAGGCUGCUUCAAAGCUGUUUCAGAAUAGACUUCUCCUUGAAAAGCUUCUACUUUGAAAUAAACAAGGUGUUGGUAGGAACAUAUCACUGGUUAAUGUCUUGUUUUGCAGCCUUGGCCCAAGACAAAUAAGAGCAGAGUCUUGUAUGCUUCGUCCAUACAACAAUGUCACUGGAGCUGCCCCAUUUGAGAGUCUGAUGAUUGCUGACAUUGGUGAUAUCCCCAUCAACACAUAUAGCCUAGCUGCAACAGUUGAUAUUAUAUGCAAACAUAUUGCUGCUAUUGCCAACCUUGGCUGCAAGCCUUUGAUCCUGGGAGGUGAUCACACCAUCACUUAUCCAAUACUGCAGGGAAUUAAGGUUAAAGUCCUCUUUGAUAUCCAUUGUCUAAUUUCUCUUGACAAAGUCAUCAUACGUCUCUGGGACCAUCACCAAAUGUCCCUCUUAGACAGCAGAGGAGGUCUUUGGUCACUUUCUUUUACUAGAUAUCCAGUUUAGAGGGCAGGUCAUUUCACCUAUGGAUGAAUGGGGGAGCGCGGGCAGCCAUUUUGCUAGGGGGUCAUUUUCAAAAUAUUGAUUGGUAUUGGGGGGUCAUUUUCAAACAAGGGAGUACUACCCGGGGGUGUAAUUUUAAUAAAUUUUGUGACAGAAGUACAAAGCAGUAAGGAGCAUGAAUUGAAAUUGAAUGUGACAGCUAAAAAUGGUGAAGCAAACUUUCUCAAACUGGCCAGCCCACCCUCACAGGUUACAAAUGACCAGCCCCUAGGGACGGAGUCCAUUAAGAGAGUUGAAUGUAAUCUGUGUCACUGAAUUCAGUGCCGUGGUUACAGAAAAUUUUUUGAAUCAGUGGCGGAUCCAGGGGAGCGGCCUUAUUUUUAGACUAAACUGAGGCCCGAAGGGCCAGAAAAAAUUUGGGGAGGAGACCCGGUCCCCCCUUAUCUAAGGGUCUGGAUGACCGCCCCCCGCCCCUUAUCUCAAGGUCUGGAUCUGGCACUGUGAAUAGUGACAGUCCAGUAUUUGCUGAAUGUGAGCCCUAGCCCAAUUGCACAGGGAACCCACCCAACAGGGCAUGAAAAGGCAGUCAAUAGUCAUGAUAAUAUCUGGGUCACUUGCACCUGCCAUCAACUAAUGCUUCUUUUUGUUUAGUUCAUAUGUACACUUCCUUCAACACCCAGAACUUUGUUGACAAGGUACUUGGGGGAUAGCCAAAAAAUCUUGAGAUCCUAUGGCCUAUGCAAAGUUUACUCUUUACAUAAGAAGCUAACUUGAGGCUAAGAAAUACUGUUUGGCAGAAACAAAAUUGUUUUCAUCUCUUUAACAAGGAAAAGCAUGGUCCAGUUGGUCUUGUCCAUGUAGAUGCUCAUUCAGACACUAGUGAUUCAAUGUUUGGUGAGAAAGUGACACAUGGAACACCAUUUCGCCGAGCAGUAGAGGAAGGUCUGCUGGACUGUAAACGUGUUGUACAGAUUGGUUUGCGUGGAUCAGGUUAUACUGGAAAAGACUAUCAAUGGGCAGAAGACCAGGUACUCUAUACAUAAACUGAUAUUUCCAACAAAUUAAUGUAAUCACUGGUGAAUGAUAAAUGAAAUCUUUAUUAUAAUGUUAAAGAUUGUUUGGUUUGCAUAAUAUUAAUGCAGCUGUAGCAGACAUAUCAUCCUGAUUAUCAAACUCUUGCUGCUUAUUUUAUUGCAUUUGUUGCAUCAGGAUUAUUAUUAACAAUAUUAGAACUUGCGCAUGAAUUACUACCUGUGAAGAAGUGGUUGAUAAUAUUAUUAUGACAGUAUUUCAGAUCCAAGCCCCUUUAGCAAAGAGUUCAAGAGUCAGAGGUGGAAGAAAUAUGGUAAAAUGAGUGUCAUCAUAAAUGCUUCAGAGAUUUCAAGAGCAAAAGAUCAAAUGUUUCAGGGACUCAUGAUUUUCAUACCAUUCACUAAUUAUCUUUAUCUUGUCUAGGGUUUCAGGUUAGUUCUGGCGCAUGAAUGCUGGCACAAGUCCCUGGUGCCACUUAUGGCAGAAGUGCGAGAGCAGAUGGGCAGUGGACCAGUGUAUAUAUCAUUUGAUAUUGAUGGCUUGGACCCAGCUUUUGCUCCAGGAACAGGUGAUGGAGUUUUUUCUUUCCAAAAUGAAUACAACACACUCUGUUAACUCUUUCAAACCCCAGCCAAUCAUGUGUUCAAGUCUUGAGGCUGUAAUUAUAUAAAUGAAACCCGUCAGUGUGGUGUGACCAUGCAAAACAACCCUGUUCAGCAGUUCAUUUUUAGGGAUUGACACUAUUUCUUUCGAGUUUUGUACCAAUUAAAUUAUGGGCUCUUUGAAACUUUGAUUCUGGACACUUGGAGACCUAAAUAAAGUACCAGCUCUGCUGGACUUUCUUUGAGUGCCAUCCAUCAUGGAGUUAAUGAUGUAACUAGAAGACUGUACAUGUGAUAUUAAUUUCUGCAAAGAUUCUGUUCAGGACUGUCUUUUCCUUUUUCGGCUCUUACCAGGUACCCCAGAGAUAGGAGGCCUAACCUCUAUACAAGGAAUUGAAAUAUUAAGAGGUUGUCGUGGAAUGAACGUUGUGGGUGGAGAUAUGGUUGAGGUAAAAUAUAAUCAAUAUACAAAAAUAAUAAGCUAUAAUAAAAUAUAAUCAAUAUACAAAAAUAAUAAGCUAUAAGUCCGAAGUAGUGAAGCAUGUCUACUAUCCAGUUUAAUUGUACACAAUUUUCAGUGUAUAGCUUAAGUUCUUUUCGUAUUUGACAAAUUUCCUCCUCAGAGUCUGUUUCCUAUUCUUCUCUCGAAGAGACACUUUUGAUGGGACAAGCACUUUUGCUUCCAUCUGAGAGAGAUGUCCAUCAUAUAGGGUCACAAAAUAUGACUAAGAAUACCACAAACUAACUCAACAAGGUUUCUCUUGUAGGGACGUGUCCAUUGUGUUGUCCAUUAAAGACUAGUGUUUAUUAUGAGGUAUUGAAUUGACUGUUCUUUCAAAUGAUUGAUUCCAGGUCUCACCUCCAUAUGAUACCACAGGAACUACAGCUCUGACCGCUGCAAACCUGUUGUUUGAAAUGCUGUGUGUUUUACCUGGGGUGAAGUACAAGCCUUAAACAAGCUCUAGUGGCACUCAUGCAAUAGCAUAAUAAUCUCAUCUGCUAUAAAAAUAUUGGUAAUCACGAGGACACCAACUUGUAAUGUAGAUGUUUUCACCCAAGAGAGAGUUAGAGAAAGCCAUCAAAACCAGACAACACUAGACUCAUUGUGACCUUUCUUGAGUCUGUUGAUGGCUUGUGAUAUUUUCUUUUUUCUAUUUCUAUUUUUAUGACAUGCAAUUCGACAUUAGGUCUUUAAUUAUCAUACUUUGAGAUAACAACACUUCACAAUGUUACAACAUACAAUAAAUUUAUUGUUACUCUGUUGGGGACCUUAAGAAGUUACAUUGCACAUAACUAACAAAAAAAAAUCUUUUGUCUCCUUUUACACACUUCUAGCUGUAUUAAUUAUGAAGAGGUAAGCUGUUUUGAUGGCUACCAAAAUGAUGAAGGGUAAACCAACCUACUUUUGAGCAGGUCAUUUAAAAAGGCUUUAAUGUCUAUUGGAGAAAAAAACUUCUCCCUGUCCCAUGGUCAAGUAAAUGGAAAUCUGACUAUUUGAG